UGUAUGACCAGAGGAAAUGUACUCGGCAAAUCUCAAUGAAUUAUUUAUAGAUUCUACACAUUUCUUGUCCGCUUAAUGUGUUUCAUAAUUGUCACUUUGGUGAUAAUGUAUGAUGUUCUGAUGUUGUUUUUUUACUUGAAUACUGUAAAAGUGGACUCUAUAAACAUAUACUUGCCUGACUCAUCUGAUGCGAAAUAUGUAAAAUUAUUUGACUUUUACAAGUCUAAAUAUGGUAAGACAUAUGUUACACCCGAAGACGAAAAAAACGCAUUCCUAAAUUUCAUUGAUAAUGAGAAGAAAGUUGAAGAUCUUAACGAACACACGAACGGUUCCACGUAUUAUGCCAUAGGUAGAUAUGGGGAUAUUGAUCCAGAUUACAUGGAAGAACAUUACGGCGUUACAGUGAAUCCAAUUGUCACUGAACCUUUACACAACAUCAAAGCUGAUAUUGCAAAAGAAGUACAAAGAACAAAGAAAGAGAAGAUACUAGAAGAAGCUGUUCUUUUUGAUUUGGAUAAUGCUGAAGAACUAUACGAAAGUUACAUGAAAGAACAUAGGAAGAAAAUUCCUAAAAAUAAAGUCCAGAGGCAAAUACAUUUUUUGAGAUUCGUCAAGUCAAUGGUGGCUGUGAACAAAAAUCAUGUUAACGGAGACGGAGAUGCAGUUUUAGAUGAAUAUGCUGAUGAAGUAAAAGAACCAGACGAGUUCUCUUACUAAUUAAAAACGAUUAUGUUUACCUGA